UUUCUGACAACACAAUGAUGGCUGCUUCCACAGGCAGUAAGAAAGGACAGGAACUCUCUAAGGCUGAGUACCUAAAACGUUAUUUAUCAGCCGACGAUGAUUCCCUGAAAUCUAAAGGAAAGGCAAAAAAGAAGCGGCGCAAGGUUCCCGAGAAGGGACUUAAAAUAGUGGACGAUGACAUAGAUUGGAAACAGAUGGUCACACAGCAGACGGAGAUUGAGGAAGAGGAUGAAGAAGAAGCUCCAGUGAUUGCUGAGGUGAUUGAUGAUCGACCUGAGGAAGUGAAACAAAUGGAAGUUUUUAGGACCAGCAACAGAUGGAAAGUAAUUGGAGUGGAUCAAAAUGAUGACACAGAGGAAGGAAAUGGAAAAGAACAUCAAAAUACAGAGGCUGGCUCAUUAGGCAGAGGUCGACAUGACUCACCAGAGUUGUCUUCAAAGAGAAGAGCACGGGAUUCUCCUGUCAAAAAGACCCGGCAUGACUCACCAGAUGUCUCACCUCCGAGGAGACGUCGGCAUGACUCUCCAGACAUCUCUCCACCAAAGAGAAGUCGGAAGUACUCUCCGGAUGUCUCUCCUCACAGGACAAGACGUCACGACUCUGCUGAUGUCUCUCCUCCCAGGAGAAGACGUCAUGACUCUCUUGAUGUCUCUCCUCCCAGGACUAGACAUCACGACUCUCCGGAUGUCUCUCCUCCCAGGAGAAGACGUCAUGACUCUCUUGAUGUCUCUCCUCCCAGGAGAAGACGUCAUGACUCUCCGGAUGUCUCUCCUCCCAGGACUAGACGUCACAACUCUCCGGAUGUCUCUCCUCCCAGGAGAAGACGCCGUGACUCCCCGGACUUGUCACCACCAAGACAGUGUUCAGGAAAGUCAGAAAAAAUGCAAAGUAAAGAUUCAGCCUCCAACAAAAGCAGGCUCAGCUCAUCUUUGUUAAGUAAAAAACGCUCACCGGAUCCUCAUCGGUCAGCAGUAGCUAAGAAGGGUCAGAAUAGACAUGAUUCAGACUCGGAUCCGUCUCCCCCGAGGAAAAGGCCCCUGAAGGGAAACGCCUCAGACUCCGACCAAUCUCCCCCAAGGAGGUCCUCAAAAACUAAACGGGGCUCAGACUCUGACCAGUCUCCACCCAGGGUGCGGCCACCGAGUGGAAGGGACUCGGAUGGAGAUUUGUCACCACCUCGUAGGCCAGGCCAGUCACAGGGCCAAAGGAUGCUAUCUGGUGGAAAGGCAGGCCUGGUUUCUGUGGACGUUUUAAGGAAAGAGCAAGAGGAGAACAGACGCAGAGAAAAACACAAUCAGCCACUUGAAGAUGAAUCGCGUAACGCUCAGACGAUUUUCAGAGACAAAAGUGGCAAAAGGAGGGAUCUGGAUUCAGAGAGAGAUGAACAGAAAAAGAAAGCUGGUGAAAAAGCGGCAAGAGACGAGAAAUACGCUCAGUGGGGAAAAGGGUUGGCACAGAGCCAGAUGCAUCAGCAGAAACUUGAGGACGCGCUGCACGAAGCCCAGAAGCCACUGGCACGUCACCGUGACGAUGAGGAUCUUGACCGCAUGUUGAGAGAACAGGAAAGAGAAGGCGAUCCUAUGGCUGCAAUGCUCAGGCGUAAAAAGGACCGUGGCACAAAAACACAAGAGAAACCUCGAUAUAAAGGCCCUGCUCCACCUCCAAACCGGUUCAAUAUUCCACCGGGGUACCGCUGGGAUGGAGUUGACAGGUCAAAUGGUUUUGAACAGAAACGCUACCAGAGGAUGGCAGAUAAAAAGGCUGUGCAGGAAGCGGCCUAUAAAUGGAGUGUGGAGGAUAUGUAAAGGCUUUCAGAAAAUGAUGAAUCUGGAGUAGAGCUAAAGAGCACACCUGCUCAACCUUUAUGUAUAAUUUUUAUGCUGUUAGAACAACAAGACUAGAUGCAUCUACGCAGCAAAAGUUAUUUUUUAAAUGAACUACAUAGAAGAAUUUGUUUCACCUUUCCAAACCCUUUUGAUACUGUACCAUGUGUAUCAGAUGAAACUGUACAGAAAAAUGAAGUGAAGCAUGUUCACAAUUUUUGUAAGAAGUUAUUCACCGUGGAGCAGAAGCUGUUGUGGUUUCAGUGUUUUAUUAUAAAGAAUGUUUUUGUAA